GUUUGAAAUAAUAAACAACAAUGGAGUCUUCAUACAACCUGAAAGAUGUGGAUAAAUGUUUCAGACCAUAUAAUUAUUAUAAUUUAUCUGAUGAUGAAGAAGAGGUUUUAAACAUAACAGAAAAUAAAAAUAAGAAGACCAAUCGUUUAGAUGACUUUUUUCUUCAAGAACCUGACCGGAAGAAGAAAAAAACUAAACUUUCUUCAAGUGUUGGCCGUGCAGGGAAGGAGGGAAGCAUUUCAUAUAUAUCGACUGAUAAAGAUGAUGGAAUGGACGCUGACAUACUUGUGAAAAUGGAAUUAUAUAGUUUAAAAAAGUUGAAAGAAAUCCCAGUGGCACAACAUUGGAAAAAUGCAGAUAUUCGUGUUAAAUAUUAUAUGAAAAACGAUUCCAACAUUGAUGUUCAGAUAAAGGAUAUUGUAUACAAUAUAACAAAGGGGAUAUCCGAGGAAGAUAGUGUAAAACGUUACAGUUUUAAAAAUUAGUUUCAUUUAGUUUCUUCAUGCUUCAGAUUUUAAUACCAUAUGUUUAUAUAAUUAAGUAAUGUUUCAGUUUUCCACUAGUAUAAAUACUAUGUUGCAUUGUACAAAGUCAAUCAUUGUGCUUUUUGUUGAAGACCUUUGCGCAUUAAGGUUAAAAGUGUGAGACAAAAAACAGUUGUGAAACGAAUACAUAUAUACAAUGUCUCAAGAAUGUGUUAGUGUUUUUUUUGAUGAAAUGGAUCAUGAAUUUGAAAGCUUAUCCAUUGAUACAAUUGAACUUUUCAACGUUUGUGAUGAAAUAGAAAGAAAUGAUUUAAAUCACCCAUUUUAUGAUCAAAGAAUGAUGGUGCUAUGUGAUGAAUUCGAUGGGAAACUGGUUGAUCAAAUGGGUCGUGGAACUAAAAGGAAAGCAGCUGUUGAUAUUAACUCUGCUGACAUCAAAAGAAUAAAAUCUGGAUCGAACAUGGAUCUUUCACGGUCUUCACAAGAGCAAUCAACAUCGAAUGAAGGUAAUAAUUUUAACAUGAAAUUUUGCUGUAUUUGUAAUAGAAAUGUUUCCAAAAAAUAUUUCGCUAAUCAUCUAAGGAGCAAUGCACAUAAAAAUAAUGUAAAUAAAAAACAACAUUCAAUAAAACCCAAUGUUAAGAUAAUUGAGACUGCGUUCGGUAAUAGAAUAAUAACCUAUAGAGUAACUUCAGAAAAUCAAAAUGAUUUACAGUUUGAGACACCAGAGUUAUUUCUUGCAUCUGUCAAAGAUACAAUAUUUACAAUAAUAAAUAAAUCUAUAGAAGAUCAUACAAUUUUAAAAAUAAAUUUCAUUUUAUAUGGUGACUUUGUUCAGGAGACAAAAAACAUUAACAACACUUUUGAUUUCCAAUCAAUGAAUUUUAUUGUUUGUAUUGGUGAUGAUUUAAAUAUAUUUUAUACAACUCUCACGAAAUCUCUAAUAAACUAUAUAAAUUCAUUCGAGAGAAAGGAUAGUGGGUGGAGUCUGAAAAAAAUUUUACAUUUGGAUAUGAAUUUAAAUCAAUUUAACCCUUUAAGAGGAAAAUCCUUUAUUGAGUUACCACAUGAUAUAAAAAUAAAAAAAGCUGUGAUAAAUGUUAAAAACACUGAUGACGCCUGUUUUAAGUGGGCACUGUUAUCUGCUUUAUUUCCAAUUCAUAAAAAUUCGGAUAGAGUAUCAUCAUACACCAAAUACAGUCAUAAAUUAAAGUUCGGUAAUAUUAAAUUUCCAGUCAAAUUAAAGGAUAUACACAAAAUUGAAAGUCUUAAUAAUAUAAGCAUUAAUGUUUUUGGGUUAGAAUAUAAUGAACAAAGAAAAAAGCAUUGUAUUGUUGGGCCAUUGUAUUUUACAAAGAAUAAAAUGCAGACUCAUAUAAAUUUACUAUAUUUGACACAGGGUAAAAUAUGUCACGAUUAA